GGACACCGAUUCGAGUCAGUCAUUCUCUCGCACACUGCGACAACGUCGAGAUUGAUCAGUUUUUACGCGUUCCGUGAUCAGUGAUAAACAACAAGAAAUUUCACAAGAGGAAUCUCGUUGAACGUUUGUUUCCUGCUUGGCAAUAAUGGAUAUACGGAUCUUGGCAUUGUUUCUGUUUAUCAGUGUCGCAGGAUCGUUCGCUGAUCUACGGGCUCCGCUCUUCAGAACUAGGCGAAAUGGAUUGCAAGAAGAAGAUAGCGCAUAUAUGAUGGAUCUCGUCGAGAUAUCCAGGGCGAAACGGCAAUCCGCAAGUUCGACUACUACUGGAAGCAAUAAUAAAUCCGUUUUCUUCCCACCCAUUUCCCCACCAAAAUCAGCUACGCCCAAACCUAAAGAUACUUCCACAGAAGAACCAGAUCCGCCUGAUUCAGAUUCUACUCCCGAUGACAGUACCAAGCCGACUUCACCGAUUACGCCAAAGCCAAUUUCUAGAAUGAUGAUGCGGACUAAAGCGAAACCAAAAACUACGACUCCCGCAUCCACUACACCAGAAACAGAUUCCGCGACACCGAAUCCGGAUCCUGAAUCAGAUACACCAGAAUCAGAAACCUCUGAGGAUACUGAGUCUCCAAAUUCUGAAGAACCUUCUGAAGAAGCUGACCCAACUACAAAGUCCCCCAAACCGAAAUCAAGUACAUCGACUCCUAGUCCAAGGAAACCUUCUAAAAGUAAGUCAAACCCACCCAAAUCUAAUCCGAGUACCCAACCUACUACGACUACUGAGCCUACUGAACCAGACUCUGCAGAACCAGAAGAUUCGGAUCCUGACUCCCCUAAUUCUGAGCCUGAAGAUUCGGAUCCCACUGAUAAAUCCACUACACCUAAGACAAAUACUCCAUCUCCUAGACCAAAGAAGCCUAUCAGACCUAGAUCUACUCCAAAGAGUAAGCCCACUACGACUACUGAACCUACUGAACCAGAUUCAGAACCAAAUUCUCAAGAACCAGAAGAUUCGGAUCCUGACUCCCCUAAUUCUGAGCCUGAAGAUUCGGAUCCCACUGAUAAAUCCACUACACCUAAGCCAAAUACUCCGUCUCCUAGACCAAAGAAGCCUACCAAACCUAGAUCUACUCCAAGGAAUAAGCCCACCACGACUACUGAACCUACUGAACCAGAUUCAGAACCAAAUUCUCAAGAACCAGAAGAUUCGGAUCCUGACUCCCCUAAUUCUGAGCCUGAAGAUUCGGAUCCCACUGAUAAAUCCACUACACCUAAGCCAAAUACUCCGUCUCCUAGACCAAAGAAGCCUACCAAACCUAGAUCUACUCCAAGUAGGAAGCCCACCACAACUACUGAACCUAUUGAACCAGAUUCAGAACCAAAUUCUCAAGAACCAGAAGCUUCGGAUUCUGAAUCUCCUAAUUCCGAACCUGACAAUUCACCUUCUGAUCCAGAUGAUGAAUCCAGUCCACCUGAACCAAAUACUCCCGCUCCUACCCCAAGGAAACCUACUAGACCUAAAUCAAGCAAACCUAGAUCUACUCCAAGUAGGAAGCCCACCACAACUACUGAACCUAUUGAACCAGAUUCAGAACCAAAUUCUCAAGAACCAGAAGCUUCGGAUUCUGAAUCUCCUAAUUCCGAACCUGACAAUUCACCUUCUGAUCCAGAUGAUGAAUCCAGUCCACCUGAACCAAAUACUCCCGCUCCUACCCCAAGGAAACCUACUAGACCUAAAUCAAGCAAACCUAGAUCUACUCCAAGUAGGAAGCCCACCACAACUACUGAACCUAUUGAACCAGAUUCAGAACCAAAUUCUCAAGAACCAGAAGCUUCGGAUUCUGAAUCUCCUAAUUCCGAACCUGACAAUUCACCUUCUGAUCCAGAUGAUGAAUCCAGUCCACCUGAACCAAAUACUCCCGCUCCUACCCCAAGGAAACCUACUAGACCUAAAUCAAGCAAACCUAGAUCUACUCCAAGUAGGAAGCCCACCACAACUACUGAACCUAUUGAACCAGAUUCAGAACCAAAUUCUCAAGAACCAGAAGCUUCGGAUUCUGAAUCUCCUAAUUCCGAACCUGACAAUUCACCUUCUGAUCCAGAUGAUGAAUCCAGUCCACCUGAACCAAAUACUCCCGCUCCUACCCCAAGGAAACCUACUAGACCUAAAUCAAGCAAACCUAGAUCUACUCCAAGUAGGAAGCCCACCACAACUACUGAACCUAUUGAACCAGAUUCAGAACCAAAUUCUCAAGAACCAGAAGCUUCGGAUUCUGAAUCUCCUAAUUCCGAACCUGACAAUUCACCUUCUGAUCCAGAUGAUGAAUCCAGUCCACCUGAACCAAAUAGUCCCGCUCCUACCCCAAGGAAGCCUACUAGACCUAAAUCAAGCAGACCUAGAUCUACUCCAAGUAGAAAGCCCACCACAACUACUGAACCUACUGUACCAGACUCUGCAGAACCAGAAGAUUCGGACCCAGAAUCUCCUGAUUCCGAACCUGACAAUUCACCUUCUGAUCCAGAUGAUGAAUCCAGUCCACCAAAAUCGAAUACUCCCGCUCCUAGCCCAAAGAAGCCUACUAAACCUAAACCAAACAGACCAAGAUUUACUCCAAGAAGUAAGCCCACUGAUCCAGACGAUGAACCAACUUCUCAAGAACCAGAAGCUUCGGAUCCUGAAUCUUCUGAUUCCGAGCCUGACAAUUCACCUUCUGAUCCAGAUGAUGAAUCUAGUCCACCUAAACCAAACAAACCAGCUCCUACCCCAAAGAAACCUACUAAACCUAAAUCAAACAGACCUAGAUUUACUCCAAGAGCUAAACCUACGACAACUACCGAGCCUACUGAACCAGAUUUUGAUUCAGACACUGAACCAAAUUCUGCAGAACCAGAAGCUACGGAUCCUGACUCUGAGCCGGAAAAUUCUAAUCCAGCUGAUGAAACCAGUCCGCCUAAACCAAAGACGCCGGCUUCUAGCCCAAGGAAGCCUACCAGGCCUCAAUUGAACAGACCAAGAUCUACUCCAAGAACGAAGCCCACGACGACUACCGAGCCCACUGAACCUGAUUUCGAUCCAGACAAUGAGCCAAAUUCUGCAGAACCAGAAGCUACGGAUUCUGAAUCUCCUGACAGUGAGCCUGACAAUUCACCUUCUGAUCCAGAUGAUGAAUCUAGUCCACCUAAACCAAACAAACCAGCUCCUACCCCAAAGAAACCUACUAAACCUAAAUCAAACAGACCUAGAUUUACUCCAAGAGCUAAACCUACGACAACUACCGAGCCUACUGAACCAGAUUUUGAUUCAGACACUGAACCAAAUUCUGCAGAACCAGAAGCUACGGAUCCUGACUCUGAGCCGGAAAAUUCUAAUCCAGCUGAUGAAACCAGUCCGCCUAAACCAAAGACGCCGGCUUCUAGCCCAAGGAAGCCUACCAGGCCUCAAUCGAACAGACCUAGAUUUGCUCCAAGGAGGAAGCCUACGACAACUACUGAGCCUCCUGAACCUGAUUAUGAUGUAGACUAUGAUUAUUCGGAACCAGAAGAGCAAACUGAGCCAGAAACUACACUCUCAAAUCCACCUGUCAGAUCACCUAAUCCACCCAAAUCAAACAACCGACCUACCAAGCCGACGAAACCGAAACCAGUCUCCACGACGCCUAACGCAAAGCCCGGUAAAUCUAAUCCAGCUGCCACUUCCCCUAAAACUGAAUCAACGCCAAAGAAACCAAGCUCUCAAAAACCGAGUUCUGGAGAACCAACCAAUCCGUUCGCAAUACCUUCAUUAGAUGCUCGUUUCAGUCCAGAAGAAGACGAAACCGCAGGUCCCAGUAAAAAGCCGAAAACAGAAUCGAACGAACCCGAUAAUAAUCAAUGGGCGAAUCCGAGCUUUGGAACGAAUCCGGUAUAUCCGACAUUCCCAGAAUUCCCUACGUUCUUUAUGCCAUCCUACAUCCCGAACUUCCCGAAUUUCAAUCCGUAUGAUCCCAAUUCAAACGUCGACGGCGCGAUGGACAACGCUAACAGCAAUACAUGGACUGGUGCCAACAACGGGGGUGGAUUCGGGUCGUCUUUCGCCUCUGCCAGUGCAUCCGCUGGAGCUUCCGCUGGUGCUGGAGAUUACAAUCAACCGCCAUUAGUCGUGCGGAGAGGGUCCCCCGGAGACGCAAAUUCAGCCAACGAGCCGAACAUGGUCAUGGGAUCAAAUAACGCACCAGGCAGUAUAGCCGACACACCUAACAUGGCCAACGUGCCGAAUAUGGCUGCUAACGCGGGAACUUAUAGCAAUGUUGGAGUUGGAGGAGGUUCCCCAUUCCCGGAUCCGAGUUUAUUCGCGUUCCCUGGCAAUUUUGACAAUAUUCAACAACAAAUGGCAAAUAAUUUUAAGCAAUGGCAAGAUCAAUUUCAGAAACAGCAACAAGCGAUCUUCGACGCAACCAAUCGUAUAGCUUCGGAGGGAUCUUCUCUACCCGGUGCGCAUACUGCUUAUUCUGCUAUUAAUUUGGGACCAGGCGGUGGUUACCAAGCCGGUGCAAUCAAUCCGGUUGGACCAGGAAUAGAAUCGAGAUUCGGUGAGGACUUACCUCCACCCUCUGGAAACAGUUUUGGAGUUUUCUCCAGUUCUAGUUCUCAGACCCAGGUUGGUCCGGACGGGAAAACAAUUUCUCGCAAAUCGUCGACUACAGGUGUCAAUGACAAUGGGAAAAUUACCUUCCGAACAGUACACGAUUAAAAGAUUUUAAUCGAAUCUACAUAGGCCUUAACCAUUUUAACGGAACAUUUACAAUAAUAAAUAAUAAUUUCCAAUAUUUAAA